GGGUGUCCCCCCACGCUUCGGGGCCCUCUUAACAAUUUAUUCCUCUUGCAUGUUUCCGCUUUUCCCAUUUACAGACUGGAAGCUGGUCUGUUACCAGAAAGAUAAAGGCAAGUCUGUUCUCUCCAGCGCAGGGAAGAUGGUACAGGUUUCUAAAGUGUUCGUAAAGGGUGCACAAACGUCAUGUGUAAAACUGGACCGUAGGGCCACGCGGUCGGGGCUGGAGGAACCUGCUGUCCCCAGCGGCGUCUUCUGCACCAGCGCUAGGACUGGAGGAGACGGUCUGUGUCUCUUCAGUGCUGUCCGGAGACAGGCCUCGAGACUCCUGAUGGAGGGCGUCCUGAAUGGACGGUGCUUAAGAUCGUUCUCUUCUGCGGCGCGGCUUGAUAGCCCGUCACGGAGUCUUGUUUCCCAAGGGGAAGACUGGGACAGACGGCCAGGGGCCACCCGGUUUUCCCCUAAGUGCGACAAGCUGGUGAGCUGUGGGUCCGUACACCUUCCCGUUCAGACGCCCCCCGCCCGCAUCCUCAAAGCACACGAAAGAGUAUCUGAGACACAGCCUCGAUUUCACGUGCCACGGGUCAGGUCCCCUCUCGGGGUCGCCGCUUCCCGUCGCAGCGGCAGUGGCGGCCGCCUGGGUCCCGCGGGGUUGCGGGCCGGCCUCGGCCUCUCGCGCCAGCCGGUCGGCACGAGCGCAGGGCGGUUCGGGCACCGUCGCGGCGGGCGCAGGGCAGGCGCAGGGCAGGACCAGCCUUCCCGCCCUCCCGCGUCUGCUGAGCGGCUGGGGCUCUCGGGCCGCGACAGGGCAGCCCGGGACGGGCGUCGGGGUCCUUAGUCUUGACCCUCCGGGGCCAGAUUCCGGGUUCUCGGGGACGCGCUGGGGAGCGCGCGCGCACGAGAGCCGCUGGGCGCGGGGCAGGCAGAGGCCGCGGGGGUGCGCGCGGCGGGGUCUCCCGCUCCCCGCGGGCACGCGCGCCCCGACGGGUGUCGUCAGGUGUCCCGAUGCUCUCGCGCCGCGACGCGCGGAGGGUUCUACGCGCACCUCCCACACUCGGCCUCCGCGAGCGCUGAGCCGGCAGGACGCGCGCAGGGCGAAGAAGCGCGUUCUCUGGGCCGCGGAAGGUCGUGCGCGAGGCGCGCUGCGAGUGCAACGGCGUCGGUCCAGACGCGAGUGAUGGAGCCCGCCGGGCGCUGGAACCUGAGUCAGGCCCGCCUAAGUCUGAGCGGAACCGCUGGCCGCCCCGUAACCCCGUCCCGGAAAGCGUCCCGGGCUGUGCGCGCGGGGGAGCCGCGGCCGCUCGCUGGGUCGGUCCCGCGCCGCCCGGGACUCCGGCUCCUCCGGUGCAGACGACGGGAAGUCACGGGGCCUGGUUCCCCUGUUGACCCGAACUCGCCCAGGAUAGAGUGUGUGCGAGCGUGCGUGUGUGCGUGUGUGUGUGUGAAUGUGGGUGGGUGCACGCACGUGUGGGCCCACAUCCGUAGGGAUGGAUGAAACAAAGCUGCUGACUCACGGCUUAGGAGACCCAGAGUCAAGUUUUUCUUACCCUGAAGCACUCGUGUGCAUAAAGGUACACGUCUUCUAAGAUCUUCUUAAAAGACCAGCAACGUUCGAGGAGAUGCCCCGCGCCCUGGACGUGCCUUGAAGCCACACAAGCCACAUGAGCUGCUCCGCACUGUGCCUCCGUUGGACAACAGUCUGUGUAGGGACAGACUUCCCGGGAGGGAGGUUUCUCCUUGCCCUUGCAAUCAUUUUAGGUUAUUUUCAUCCCAACCUCGGGCCUUAGCAUUGUAUAAUGCCUUUCAAGUUCAUACAAAAUAUGUGUAAAUUCUAUUUUAGCCUUAUUUAUACAUUCUCUUGUAUUAGUACUAGAAUUAGACUUCAUUUGGUGCACAGCAGUGACCAGAUUUCGUACCUGACAGUGGCACAUACUUUUUGGGUAGGUUCUUAACCUUUUCUACAACUUCCCCAUCUGAACGCCCAAGGCAGCUGCCAGUUGGAGGCCUGGGUGUGGAGGUGUAAAGGACCCCCGCCCUGCCCCAGGGGCCCCGGGGGCAGUUUGGGCUGGAGAGCACACAGGAAGACGGUCACCGGAGCGGCACUUUGGAGAUGAAUGGGAGACUUCGUGUUCUCCCGUGCCCGGAGGCGAUGCCGGGGUCCCCUGCGUGCCCCUUCAGAGCUAGCUUUGUUGCGGGGAGAAAAUUGUUCUAGAAAGAGAUGCUCACUUAUUCACUCGCUAUGCUUCCACCUUGAAAAUUAACUCCGUGUUUCUAAUAGUUUCAAAUUCUGUUUUGCUCUUCUGGGGAUGCGCCCCCUUUUUAACAUACGUAAGGCUUUAUACUUCUUGGCCUGUGGUGCCACGAGAGCCCACAUUUCCUAAGGUAACAGUCAAAGUAGAGCCGGCCGGGGGCACCUCCCGUCCUCCCCAGCCGGCGCUGCCCAGGGUGAGGCCUUCAGCGGACCGCGUUCCUCCAUUUGGAAAACUUGGCACCACUGCCGUUGCCAGGAGGCCUGGGUGGUGACGUUUCAUCCACCCGGAAAGGUUUUAAAAUCCAUCAUUUACAAAUGGUCGCUGGCAUCCGAGAACGACAGGUUACGCAGCGGCUCUCGGGGACAGUGUUGUGCUCUGCCCCCAGCGCUGCGGCCACCACCACCGAGUGCUGGUCCUGCUUCCCCUUCCCGAGUGCAUGCGUGGCCCAUCCCCAUCCCCUGCACGCCAGUCCCCGAGUCAACGGCUCAGAGACGGUGCUGCAGAUUUAUUCUCUGACUCCAACCGCCCAGACACGGAACGAUGCGCUUCUCUUCAGCGCCGAGGGGAAGCCGAAUUAGUAGAUAACGUUCUGUGUUAUUUGAGAAAAAGAAAACCUUCCAUAUAACAUGGAGUGGCUUCAAGAAGUCACUCCUAAACUCUCAAUUACAUGCAAAUGGAAACUAACCGUGUGUUCUUUAAUUCAGUAUUAAAAUGUUGCUUUUGCUUGUCCUGUAGAA